AAUAAAACUAAAAUAUAUAUAGACUGCAUUUACCUGCGUCAUGUCAACUUCAACAAACGCUAUUUCUGCCUGGUUUAAGUCAAAGCAUAUUUCAGUUCCCAAUGACUGGGUUUCAGCAUGUUUGGAAUGGUUGCAAUCUGAGAAUUCGAACACUACUGAUCCUACGACAAUCAGGAAUUUAGUUUACGAGCAAUGGCUUUUGACUGAUUUGAGAGACUUUGGAGAAGGAUGCCUUCCUUCUGAAAUCACAAAUGAUGCUUAUACUUUAAAAGGGAUUUAUUGUGUCCAAAUUGACAAUGUAUUAGAUGUUUCACAGCCAAAAUACUCACAGUUAUUACAAAGACAAAAUAAAGAGAACUCUAAUAUGUUUGUGUGUGCGGAAACGCAAGCGACACAAAAGCCAUGGGAAGCAAAGCCUUCACGAAUGCUAAUGAUGAGCAUUACUGAUGGCGUACAGGAAAUAUCUGGUAUGGAAUAUACCCAAAUACCAAAAAUAAAUGAAAAAAUAACCCCUGGUACGAAAAUAACUAUACAAGGACCUGUUAUUUGUAGACGUGGAGUUAUGAUGUUGAAACAAAAUAAUAUUGAUAUAUUAGGAGGAGAAGUGGAAGAUAUGUUUCAAUCAUGUAACUAUGAAGCUAUGCUUUGUAGAGGAUUGAACAGGCCUAUUCCAACAAACCCUACUGCUCAAACUAACAUAUCGGAGGCAAACACGAGAAAUGAAACACCACAGAAUCGGACAAUUAAUGUUGCAAAUCCGGGACAAAGAAACCUUCUAGGCUCUGGAAAUCAAAGCCGAAAUCAGCCGAAUUCAAGAAAUGAAAAUGCUCGAAAUCGAACAAAUGUUGCAAAUUCCAACCAAAGUGGUCAUGGAAAUUAUAUUCAAAACAGAACAAUAAAUACAAAAACCAAUCAGCGAAGAGUUCUUGGUAGUUUUGAGAAUCAAGCCCAAUCUAGUUCAAGAGAUGUUGAUGUAGAUUUCGAUGAUGCUGAGUUGGAUCAAAUCAUGGCCGAUGCAGAUUUUGAUGAUUCUAUGGACGAUGCCGUACUUUCAAGCUUAGUUUCAACCCAUUUUGAAGAUACCGGAUCGUGCAAUCAAAAAGAUUGCGUGACGUCAUCGACUUCUACUAUCAAGAAUAUUGGUGGUAAAAAAUUUGAUAUUAUCACAAUUUCUGACGAUGAGGAGGGUAUUGAUGACUUACUAGCAGAUGCAGACUUGGAUAAGCAUUUGGUUAAUAAUACAAAUGAACAACAAGCUACAAAUUCAACCAACAUUGGCAUCAACAAUCCUAAAGUACCUAAGCUAUCAAAUUCUGCCAUAAUAAAGAAAGAGUCAAAAAUGCUAUAUCAGAAACAAGCGAUGCCGGGUUGCAGUUCACUUGAAAAACAAGCAAUAAAUUCAUCCAAUUUUGGCAGCAAAAAUACUGAAGUAAGUAAGUUAUCAAAUUCUGUCAUAAUAAAAAAAGAGUCUGAAACACUCCAUCAGAAACAAGCAAUGCCAGGUUCUAGUUUGUUUCAGAAACCAACUAAAUCUGAUCCAAAUUCAAUGCAGCGUGGUGCCUCAGGAAACUUUCCUCAGCCUAGUAAAACAAAUAUCUCAUAUAAGCAAGAAUAUAGGCCAUCACAGCACACAGAAUUCAUCUCGCCAAAAAAGUUAUCAACACAUACAAAUAGAGAUGAGGCCUCAGCAUUAUUAAUGUCAGAUGAUAAUAUGGAAAUAUUUGAUGAUGAUAUUCCUGUUUUAAACUCCAGAAAUGAGACAAAGUUAAAACCAAAGUCUCACCAUAUUCAAGCUUCAACUAUACCACAAGUGAAGCCAUCGUAUACAUUAAAUUCCGUCGUAAAAAAGGAUCCAGAGUGUCCAGAAACUAAUCAAAUGGAUUAUCUGUGUCAAGCGAAAGUGUUUUUAUCAAAAUAUCAAGGCCGAAAAGAAAUCAAUGUUCGUUCAAAAUGCAUCGUCGUAACUCUAUUAUCAAAGCUAAGAUCUGAUGCUUUUAUAGGCUGGGGAUUAAAAGCAAGAAUCUGUGAUGGGACGGACACAUUAGAUGCAGAAUUUUCAAACGAAGUUUUGAGAAAGUUAAUAGGAUUUACUGUCCCAGAGGCAGAGGCUGUGAAAGCGUCACAAAACACUCAACAACGAGAAAAACUCAAAGCUGGAAUGCAAAAUUGCAGAGCGACUAUAAUUUCUAUGUGUCAUUUUAUGAACAUUAAAAUUUUUAAGACUGCGACUUCUUCUACUGAAAGUUUUAUCACAAGCAUUGAGCUUUAACUAUUUAUCACGGUUCUAGUAAAGCGAGUUGGACAAAGGGGUUCGUUUAUUUUAUGAGAAUUUAUAUAGCAAACUCAUGUGCACUCACUCAAAAAUGAAGAACUUUUGCAUUACUACUGUGUUAUCUCUGCUUGGCGCCAAACCGAUGUGCGAUGGAAAAUAGAACUGUUUCUUAUUAAAAUUUAAAUUCAGAGCAAAGUCACUCGUACUCAGAAGUAAAAGACUCGUGUAUGAGCAAAUUUAUUUGCAAUCACUGAAAUAUAAAGAGUUCAGGAGAUAUUAUGCUAUUGUAUUACAUGCCAGUUGAUGUGGGACCUAAUACGAGGCGCAGUUCUUACCACUUCAUGGCAGCUCCUGCCACGAAAGUACAGCGAUGUCUCUUGCCAUGGGUUUAUUGUGCUAUUACCGGUAUAUUUACAAAGUCAUGUAUUCCGGUUUAUCAUGCGGAAUUAUAUCUACUUAAACCUAGACCUAACCCCAAACACAUCAAAACUGUUUUCAUAGGAAAAGCGUUUCAACUUACCCAAUAUUUAUCACCAUCAGGGGCAGCCCUGCUAUUACAGCCAACAUGCCUUGGUUACGGCAGCAAAAUUGGUGGUAUUCGAUUUGCUGCCGUCACGAGGGCAGCCUGCUAUUGGUUUGUGGAGACUAAAAAGUCAAGCGCCGUGAGUUUGGUCAUAGCGGCCAUGGUUUGGAAAUCCCGCCAUGGUUUUGCGGCAGCUCUAGACGCCACAAAAUACUUGAAACUGCACUUGCCUAAUACAGUGCAAGUCUAUAUGAAUCUGUUCAUAUUCAUCUAUUCCUAUAGGAAAAUUGAAAUAUAAGUAAAUUUCAACUUCUUGGGGAAAAACAUCAAAAUUUUGUUGUAUAUUGUGAAACACUCCUGCUAUAUGUCAUAAUAUAAACUCCAAAAUCGGCUCAAUUUUUUUUGUAUUUUCUAUUUUUCCAACAUUCUGUAUUUACAUUUUUAUGUGCUUGAUAAAACUGCCAUUUUAUCAUUGCCAAACCAACAGUAACAAGUUUAAUCUUAUCAAAUUUGUGAUCCUCUGUUUAAAUUCAUCUAUUUUCCUUUCAGA